AUGGCGGAGCAGAGAAGCGGGAGGACUGAAAAUCGGUGGAAUUGGGAGGUCACGGGUUUUGAGCCGCCGAGGAAGUCAUCGGAGCGGGAGGAGCAUUAUCCACGACCAGCGCCCUUGGUUCGGAGGUAUUCCGUCUCAGCUGCUUCGCUUUCGCCGUAUUCCGAGCUCUCCAAACCUGCUUUCAGCUCUAAGCUUCUCAAAUUGAAGGAUAAAGUCAAGCAUGUGAAAGAUGAUUACCUGGAGUUGAGACAAGAAGCUAUCGAUCUCCAAGAGUAUUCAAAUGCAAAGAUUGAUCGUGUGACCCGUUAUCUAGGUGUACUUGCAGAUAAAACACGCAAGCUAGAUCAGGCUGCUCUUGAGGCUGAAGCUAGAAUAUCUCCAUUGAUAUAUGAGAAGAAAAAAUUGUUCAAUGAUUUAUUGACCGCUAAAGGAAGUAUUAAAGUAUUUUGUCGUGCAAGGCCACUUUUCGAAGACGAAGGUCCAUCAGUUUUGGAAUUCCCAGAUGAUUGUACAGUUCGUGUCAAUACUGGUGAUGAUAGUGUCUCCAAUCCAAAGAAGGAUUUUGAAUUUGAUCGGGUUUAUGCUCCUCACAUCACUCAAGCUGAACUUUUUGCGGAUGUUCAGCCUUUUGUGCAGUCUGCAUUUGAUGGAUAUAAUGUUUCCAUCUUUGCUUAUGGACAGACGCACUCAGGAAAAACACAUACCAUGGAAGGAUCUAGCCAUGACCGUGGUCUAUAUGCCCGGUGUUUUGAGGAGCUAUUUGAUUUAUCCAACUCAGAUACAACCUCUACCUCGAAAUAUAAUUUCUCGGUUACAGCCUUUGAGCUUUUUAAUGAACAGAUCAGAGAUUUGCUUUUGGAAUCUCGGAGUGGUCUUCCAAAGAUCAAUGUGGGUUCAACAGAUUGUUUAGUAGAACUCGUGCCUGAAAAGGUUGAUAAUCCUAUCGAUUUUUCUCGAGUUGUCAAAGUGGCAUUCCAGAAUCGAGGCACUGAUGGACUACAGUUUAACGUUUCUCAUCUGGUUAUUACCUUACACAUAUUCUACAACAAUUUGAUCACCGGUGAGAACUUGUAUAGCAAGCUUUCCCUUGUUGAUUUGGCUGGAAGUGAAACUUCCUCUGCAGAAGAUGAUGGCAGGGAACAAGUGACAGACCGGCUGCAUGCAAUGAAGUCAUUGUCUGCUUUGGGAGAUGUUUUGGCCUCGUUGACUUCAAAGAAAGAAGUAGUUCCUUAUGGAAAUUCUGUGUUAACCAAAUUACUUGCAGACUCACUAGGGGAUAAUAACUCAAAGACUUUGAUGAUCGUUAAUAUCUGUCCAAAUGCAGCAAAUCUGGCCGAGACAUUAUCAUCCCUGAACUUUUCUGCCAGGGCCCGAAGUUCUAUUCUGAGUCUUGGAAAUCGAGAUACAAUAAAAAAGUGGAGAGAUAUUGCAAAUGAUGCCCGCAAAGAAUUGUAUGAAAAGGAGGCUGAAGUUGAAAGCUUGAAGCAAGACGUUUUGGGUUAUAAACAAGCUCUGAAACAUGCGAAUGAUCAGUGUGUUCUUCUCUUCAAUGAAGUUCAGAAGGCUUGGAAAGUUUCUUUUACUUUACAAUCUGAUUUAAAGUCAGAGAACAUUAUGCUUACUGACAAGCUAAGAAUAGAAAAAGAGCAAAAUACUCAACUUAGAAGUCAAGUUGCUCAAUUAUUACAGUCAGAGCAGGAUCAGAAAGUACAGAUGCAAGAAUAUGAUUCUACUAUUCAAAGUUUACAGGCCAAACUAAAGAGCCUUGAAUCCCAGUUAAGUGAAGCGCUUCAUCGGAGUGAUGGUAGGUCAGCGAAUGGAGUGGAGUCAAAGUCUGAAGUUCAAUUGGAUUCCAAAAUGAUGGGAGACAGCAUGGAUUCUUCAGCUGUUACUAGAAGACUUGAAGAGGAGCUUCUGAAACGGGAUGCACUUAUUGAGAGGUUACAUGAAGAGAAUGAGAGAUUGUUCGACAGACUAACAGAAAAAGCAACUUCAGCGGGAUCAACACAGGUUUCCAGCCCAGUCCCUAGAGGUCCAACAAGUACAGCUCCAAACAUAACAAGAAACGAUAAUAAUGCUAAAGGGCAACCGGUGGAUGCUCCUUCGUCUUUGGCUAAUGACAAGAGUGAAGGUGCCAUUACUUUGGUUAAAUCUGGUGUUGAGAAAGUCAAGACCACGCCAGCUGGAGAAUACCUUACUUCAGCCCUAAAUGAUUUUGAUCCUGAACAGUAUGACAGUCUAGCUGCAAUUUCGGAUGGGGCAAAUAAGCUUUUAAUGCUGGUUUUAGCCGCUGUCAUCAAAGCUGGUGCUUCGAGGGAGCAUGAAAUUUUGGCAGAAAUAAGAGAUGCUGUUUUCGGUUUUAUUCGUAAAAUGGAGCCCAAAAGGGUGAUGGAUACCAUGCUUGUUUCGCGUGUUAGGAUUCUCUAUAUUAGAUCUUUACUUGCAAGAUCCCCUGAGCUGCAAUCUAUCAAGGUUCCUCCUGUUGAUCGGUUUUUGGAGAAAGCUAACAGUGGGCGCAGCAGAAGCUCUAGCAGAGGUAGCAGCCCUGGAAGAUCCCCCGUGCGGCACGACUCUGGUAUUAAGAAUGCUCUGGUAGACGAUCAAAUUCAAGGAUUUAAAGUUAACAUUAAGCCAGAAAAGAAGUCAAAACUAUCAUCUGUAGUUUUAAAGAUACGUGGUAUUGAUCAGGAAACAUGGAGACAACAUGUGACAGGUGGAAAGCUUAGAGAAAUAACUGAAGAAGCCAAAAUUUUUGCUGUAGGAAACAGGGCUCUGGCAGCUCUUUUCGUUCACACUCCAGCAGGUGAGCUUCAGAGGCAGAUCCGAAAUUGGCUCUCCGAGAACUUUGAUUUUCUGAGUGUAACUGAUGAUACAAUUGGGGGAGCCACUGGUCAACUAGAGCUUCUUUCUACUGCAAUAAUGGAUGGUUGGAUGGCUGGACUUGGGGCAGCUCAGCCACCUAUUACUGAUGCACUAGGACAGCUCUUGUCCGAGUAUGCAAAGAGAGUUUAUAAUUCUCAAUUGCAGCAUUUGAAGGAUAUCGCUGGUACCUUGGCAACUGAAAUAGCAGAGGAUUCUGCACAAGUAGCUAAAUUGCGAUCAGCUCUGGAGUCUGUCGAUCACAAGAGAAGAAAGAUUUUGCAACAAAUGAGAAGUGACACGGCAUUGUUGACGCUAGCAGGCAGUGGCUCACCCAUCAGAAAUCCUUCUACUGCAACGGAGGAUGCACGGCUAGCAUCUUUAGUGUCCCUAGAUGGCAUUCUGAAGCAAGCGAAGGAUGUAGUGAGACAGUCUUCAGCGGGGACUCUAAGCAAGAGUAAGAAACGAUCAAUGCUUUCAUUGUUAGAAGAACUCUCAGAUCGAAUGCCUUCUCUACUGGAAAUUGAUCACCCAUGUGCUCAGAAGCACAUUGCUGAGGCCCGCAAAGCUGUAGAGUCUGUAACAGAAGAGGAGGAUCAAAUACAUCACACAACAAACGCUUCAAAAGUUACAACUGGCAUGGGAUCUGUUGCCGAAACUGAGGUGGCGCAGUGGAAUGUUUUGCAGUUUAACACGGGGUCAACCACACCAUUCAUUAUAAAAUGUGGGGCUAACUCAAGCUCUGAACUGGUGGUCAAGGCUGACUCUCGGGUUCAAGAACCAAAGUGUGGCGAGAUAGUGAGGGUGGUUCCAAAACCGACUGUUUUGGAAAACAUGAGUUUGGAGGAAAUGAAAGGGUUAUUUGUACAACUACCGGAGGCUCUAAGCUUGCUUGCUCUUGCUCGGACGGCGGACGGUACUCGGGCUAGAUAUUCUAGAUUGUACAGGACUUUAGCCAUGAAGGUACCAGCAUUGAGGGACUUAGUAAGUGAACUGGAAAAAGGAGGGGUACUCAAGGAUGUAAAAUCUUGA